AUGUCGAUCAAGCUACUGAAGCUAAUUCCUCCUGAAACUGCAGACAACCAAUCCUCAUCUGACGCGCCAUCGGACAAGCCCAUGUUCACUUUUAUAGACCAUGACGAUGACUUGACUUCCAAACGAAUCAAAGAUGCUAACGCCCGCAAAGUCAUCCGCUCUCAUGUGAUGCGAGAUGUGCGCCGUCGCGAAAGACUGGCGGGCCUCAAGAGAACCGCGAGGCGUGACGCUAGUAGUAGUAGUCGAGGUGGUGCGACGACGAAGUCGCGGAUCGGUAAAGAUGAUCAAUCGACGGCGUCGACGCUCGUUCUCAGGUCCGCGUCGCCGUCAACGACACAGUCGGCAACGUCUCCUCCGAACGUCAAGGGUAGGCGCGGAUCUCCUACGGAACGGUGUGACCAACCUUCGACAUCAGCUGCAAGUCAUGAAGAUUCAGCGCAAUCAAGCCCCGACCCUGUGUCACUGCCAUUGUCGUGGUCCUUUGCGCCGUUUUGCACCGAAGCCGGACCCAGCAAAUUGCCCUACUCGAUCGCCUAUCUGACCCAUCAUUUUCACCCGCAUCUUGCUAAUCCUUGGUCGGAAGAUAUCAAUGUCUUCAUACCCAUGACCUACCCUAAUGUGCGAAUGAGAAAGAGAUCUCUUGAGCGAUUCUCCUCUUCCGACCCGGGCAACUUCUAUGGUAUGAUGUGCAUGAGUGCAGCCCACCGGGCUGUACUUUCAUCCGCUCGUCUGGGUGGCAUGGAUGUCGCUCGCUCGAAUUACAUUGCCAAUGAUCCCGAUUAUUGUUUGAUGAGAGUGAAAUGCAUUCGCGAAAUGAAUCUAAGACUCGGCGACCCGAAGCGAGCGUUGACUGACGAGGCAUUUGACACGAUUAUUCAUCUCCUCAGUGGCACGCUUAUUAGUGGGUUCUACGAUGAGGCGCGAAUUCAUCUCAAGGGCUUAAAACGUAUGGUGGAUCUACGUGGAGGCAUCAGAGGUGAUAUCAUGCGGUCAACCUUGGUGUGGAUCGCUAUUAUUGUCACCGACAUCAAAACCGCAUCUGGCAUUCUGGCCAAACCGAUCUUCCCCUUGGCGUGGGAUCUGCCGCUCAUGUCUCCAGACCUUCACGACCGCAUUCAGCCUCCACCAUUAUCAACAGCUUGUCAGACGGGCUCCGGCUUCCUUUCCAACAUGAUGCUCAGUCUUCCACUCCUUCGCGCACUCUUGAUGAUCCGAGAUCUCAUAUGGUACCACUGCGCGGUACAGACAACGCCUGAAGCUUUCACAGGGUCGGACCACCAAUUCUUCUCUAUGUUGAAUCACACGGUUGAGUACCAGCUACUCGACUACCUUUAUCCCGACACCUCCGCCAUCCGCGAAUCCUCCCCAACCCCAAUCGAGUUGCAUCCCAUCGAGUCUCUCACGCGCGUGGCCGCUCUCACCUUCCUCAACAAAUUCAUGAUCGUCUCUCCGCCUUCCAGCGGCCUCGGUCGGGCCGUUACGCGUCACUGUGUCAACGCAGUACAAGCCUGCGACUUGACAUUCCUUGAACACAUGCCGAAGGAGAAUUACAGUCUGUAUGCUUGGGCUAUGCUUAUAGCUGCUCAAGGGUUGACGGGGUUUCCCGAAAGACAAGUAUUUGUACAGCGGCUGGCCCGCAUUGUCAAUAUCUGCGAAUGGUGUACUUGGGACCAAGUGUCUCGGAUCAUGUGCGACUAUUUCUACAUCCCCAGCCUUCAUGAUGAGGAGUGGAGAACCAUCUGGAAUGAGGCGACUGGGGAUGUUGAGGCGCUUGUGUCACAUGAUCCAUGA